UUACGACGAAUGCUUUCCUUCGCCUUUACGACGAAUUCAUUAACUCGUAACCGUUACGUGGCGUUUACGACGAAUCUUCUUUUACGACGGACGAAUAACAACGAAUCGCUUUUCGAGGUAAAUUCGUCGUAAUCCCCCUUUUACAACGAAUUUACAACGAAUAUCGCCCUGGUAAAUAAUAUGUUUUCUUGUAGUGGUUUCUUUUUUAAGGAUAAUCUGCUUAUUCCAGUUCAACAACAACCAUCCAUUAUUUAUAUUUUUAAGGUUUAUCUCUAUAGGAUGUUUCUUAUUAAAUUUCUUAGUUUCCUCUGUAAUCAUUUGCUUGUUUUGAUAAGCAAGUUUGAGUUUUGUUCCUCUUCUUCCUCUGCAUUGUAUUUUCCUUAGUUCCUCAACUAAUUUUUUCUUGGUCUCUCUGAAAGUAUAAAUUUAUGCUUUAUGUUUUCUUGCUUUCAGAUCAACCGAUAGAGAGACGUGCGUCACAAACAAACCAAACAAAAAAAAUGAGCAACAACGUUUGUUUCCUUGUGUUCUUGGGUUGUCUUGGUGUUACUUCUGCCACCAACCUGGAACAAACCACUAUUGUAAUAGACGGUACACGCCAAAUCGCUGAGAUCGAUGACAACUUUGUCUGCGCAACACUUGAUUGGUGGCCACCUGAAAAAUGCAAUUAUGAUCAGUGUCCCUGGGGCUACGCCUCUCUCAUCAACUUGAACUUGUCUUCUCCUCUUCUUGCUAAAGCCAUUCAAGCUUUCAAGGCGCUGAGGAUAAGAAUAGGUGGCUCCUUGCAAGAUCAAGUGAUCUACGACGUAGGUGACUUGAAGACUCCUUGCAGUGGGUUCAAGAAGACUGGCGAUGGCUUGUUCGGAUUCUCUGAAGGAUGUUUGCAUAUGGAACGUUGGGACGAACUUAACCGUUUCUUCCACGCAACCGGGGCUAUUGUGACUUUCGGUUUGAAUGCGUUAUACGGUAGAGAGAAACUCAGUGGAAAUGCAUGGGGAGGGGAGUGGGAUCACACCAACACUCAAGAUUUCAUGAACUAUACAGUCUCUAAGGGUUAUACUAUAGACUCAUGGGAGUUUGGUAAUGAGCUUAGUGGAAGCGGGAUUGGUACAAGUGUGAGUGUAGAGCUCUACGGUAACGACUUGAUAGUACUGAAAGAUGUAAUCAAGAACGUUUACAAGAGUUCUCGGACCAAACCUUUGCUUCUAGCUCCUGGAGGGUUCUAUGAAGAAAAAUGGUACUCUGAGCUUUUUCGCCUCUCUGGACCUGGUGUUCUUGAUGUCAUGACUCAUCAUAUAUACAAUCUUGGUCCAGGGAAUGAUCCAAAGCUUGGGAGUAGGAUACUAGAUCCAAACUACUUGAGCGGAUCAGUUUCAGGAACAUUCGAGAACGUUGACAGAACGAUUCAAGAACAUGGACCUUGGGCUUCUGCUUGGGUUGGAGAAGCUGGAGGUGCUUUUAAUAGCGGUGGCCGUCAGGUUUCUGAUACAUUCAUCAACAGCUUCUGGUAUCUAGAUCAGUUUGGUAUGUCGUCUAUGCACAACACUAAAGUAUACUGCAGACAAGCCUUGGUUGGAGGUUUCUAUGGUCUGCUCGAGAAGGAAACGUUUGUUCCCAAUCCAGAUUACUACAGUGCGCUACUUUGGCAUCGUUUGAUGGGUAAAGGCGUUCUCGGCGUUCAGACAAAUGCAUCAGAGUAUCUACGGACAUACGUUCAUUGUUCCAAAGGAAGAACGGGGAUAACGAUUCUUCUGAUUAAUCUGAGUCAGCAAACGACGUUUACAGUAGCAGUCAGCAAUGGCGUGAAGGUGGUUUUGCAGGCAGAAUCAACGAAGAGGAGAUCUUUCUUGGAAACGAUCAAGAACAAGGUUUCUUGGGUAGGAAACAAAGCUUCUGAUGGAUAUUUGAACAGAGAAGAGUAUCACUUGAGACCAAAAGACGGUGACUUGAGGAGCAAGAUAAUGCUCUUGAACGGUAAGCCUUUGGAACCAACGGCCGCUGGAGAUAUCCCAAAGCUUGAACCGGUUCGUCACGGCGUGAGAUCUCCCGUUUAUAUCAAUCCAUUGUCCAUCUCGUUCAUUGUGUUGCCUACCUUUGAUGCUCCUGCUUGUUCAUGAAGACAAUGAUGAUCUUUUGGUAACUUGUUAAAAAAAAAAAGGAAAACUUGAAUAACAAAGUGUUCUUUUCUUGGUU